AUGGAAGUCUGGUGCCUUGUCGUCAAUCACGAUAACAGGCCUACUGGAGAGCCACUCCAGGUUGGGAUAUCUUCUGAGACCAAUGUUGCUGGCUUGAAGGAGAAGGUCAAGGAUAAGGUGUCGCCUCGCCUUGAUGACACUGCUGCAUUUGAGCUUGAAGAGCUAGUCAGCAAGGCAUUCUCUAAUAGGGGGGUUAAAAAACUCCGUCUGAGGCAGGUAAUAGAACACUUGAUCAAUCCAGAUCGAGGUGCAGUGUCAGAUGGGGAGCCACUGUCAAAUGGAGAGGCACUGCUUGUCAUGUUGCCCAGCCAAAAGCCACAGACAGAGGACGACAGUGAGCAUUCAACACAUUUGUUUCCCCCUCAAGCUCGUCUUUAG